GACACCUCCACAAAACACCCAAUAGCGUCAGCAGGUAGCCUGAUUUCUUCAUCGCAGUUUUCUUCGCAAAAGUAAAAGCACUAUCAAUCAAGGGCUAGCCUAUUUCCCCGAGAGUUGCCAAAAGCAUCUUCCACAAUCGCUCGGAGCUCUGACAAGAUAUGGCGGCCGAGAGCGUAGGCCUCGCAGCCUCGGUUGCCGGCCUGCUAUCUCUAGGCUUGCAGAUCACUGGAGGCAUCGUCAAGUACAUGGACGCCUUCGAAGGCCGUGAAGAUGAACUACGAAACGUCAAGAAACAGAAUGACAACCUGGCAGUCACUCUCCGUGCAAUGAAGACGGUGUUAGCUGGUCUGCAAGGCCAAAGUACUGCAGUUGCUGCUGCCUUAGAUCAGAACAUACGAGGCUGCGAGGAGGACCUUCGCGCCGUCGAAGCUCUAUGUAUCCAGCUUUCUGAUCGCGCUGGCAGCACCUGGACGAACCGGCUGGGGAACAAGAAGAAGAAGGUGACUUUUGCGUUCCAUCGACCCAAACUUCGAGACCUUGAGCUGCAGCUGCAAAAGGCUCAUGGUGCUCUACAGUUGAUACAGGGUAGCUUGGGACUGGAAAACUCGAACAAGAACAUAGCUCUACUGGCGGCUAUCCAAUCGCGUUCUCGCGACCAAGCUUCUGGAAUGCUCCUAGUCCGGUCAGGAGUAGCAGCACUUGGUACGCCUGUGGGCGACAUCAAUGACAAGCUGCCAGGUCUACAAAGUAGUGUGGACCAGACAAGGCAACUCAUCGUGGCUCAUUCCGGAGCUAUCGAAAUCGAGGUUCACGAGAGCAGCCAGCGUGUCAGAUAUGACCUUCAGCAUUCACAUAACUCGAUUGUAGAGCAUCUCAAGACAAUCGAUCAAAAAGUACAGCUUCUGGGAGACGAGAAUAGUUCUCUACGGGCAUUGGCUCUCAAAGCGGCUUCCAAGCCGGCAGUACUCAAAAGUUUGUGCGAUGACAUACACUUGUCGGGAAACCGCUGCAACCUAGGCAACGCUGCACAACUAUCGAAAAGCCAUCGGGAAAGAACUUCAUCAGAUCCAUCACGAAACUUGCGAAUUGGAUUGGGAGUUGGCAAAAUAUGCAUCUGCCCGCACACCGAAAGAUCAUACAUGCAAAUGCAGAUGCAACGAGGCUACACGUACUUGUCCAGCGAGUGGGAAUCCCGGGGUCACUGGUCGAGUUGCCCACUCUCAAAAACGCCGAGAAAGCAUCGACUCAAGGCAAGCUUGAAGUACACUGGCGUCUCUCGCCUCAUGAAAUCAGUCAUCGAAAUUUCGUUUGCUUUGACGUCAGGAGCUGGGGGCUGCAGCAUCAGUCCCAACUUCACCUAUUAUCCGACUGCUGACGUCAGGUCGGAUCCCGCUUUUCGUUUGAUCAGUGUGAUGAAGAGAAGCUUCUACUACUAUUCUGUGACGAAUCAAAGAGAGAUAUUCUUCUUUGCUUGCUUGAGAAAGCUUGCAAAACUACUCGAAGACAAACGAACUUACCCGACAGUUGUGGACGAUCAGAAUAUGACCUUGAUGCACCAUGCUGCUUCGUUGAUAAGUGACAUGUCCUGGUACCAUGGCGGUAAAAGCACUAGUGAGAUGAAAACGGCUGUUGAAAUCUUCCCGAUUCUGUUCUCGUUUGGCGUGCCAGCAUUUUCAUACGAUAUCGGAGGGCUCUCGCCCUUACAUUACGUGACGUAUCGAGUUAGCGAUUGGAAUGGGGAUGCUGUCAAGGCCUUAUCAAAGGCCAACUUUGAAAGCCAGCCAGCCAUCUCGAAUCGGAUUCUCUCUCGCAUCACCAACUUCCUGAUUGUGAUACCUCGGAGCAUGUUGCAUCUUGAAAAGUUCACUGAGGUUGCAACAGCUUUUGAAUGCGGCCCUUUAAGCACAGCGAUUAUCAACAAUGAUUUGGAUGAAGUAGAUCGUGUCCUGAGACUUCUCCCCGACUCAGUAGCUGAGCUUGAUAUAUACGGGCGUAGCCCACUUCAUAUCGCAGCAGCGAAGCCAGAAAUUCUAGGAAAGCUCGUGAAAGUUGCGGAUCUCAGCAUUCUGAAUCAGCGAGAUAGUACAGGUGCCAAUGCACUUGAAACCGCCAUGGUGCUUAGCUCAGAGCACUGCGUCAACGGCAGUGAAUAUGCAAGGUGCAAAGGAUGUUCCUGCUAUCUAUGCGUGAAAUAUCUCCUAGACGCCGGUUGCAAUCUUGUUCGAACGCAUGAAAUACGGAAAGUGGGUAAUAAUCCACCAAGUCUAAGUGAUGUCCUAGAGGGUUCGUCAGAGCUCGCUCGGCGUCAUUACAUUUUCCAAAUGAGAAAAUCCCGAAGUCUGCGAAGACCAGGACACGCUUGGACAAAAGAAAGUCUAUUCACGAAACAAAAAGUCGGCGAAAAGAAGCCAACAACCGACAUCCAACGAAGCAUCUCACAGGACUCAAGACGGCCGCAAAUCCGCAAUGGGGCUGACGAAGCCAUAGGCUUUAGAUCAGACUGGAUAUUCCAGAAAACUACUUCCGUCCAUCUCGCCCAGUUGUUCUACCGUCACGCAUUCAUGCCCGAACCAUCUGUGUUUCUCCAGCUUCGCCACCCGAAUGCAUUCGGUCUUCGGAAUUCUCUUCAUCCGGAGAUGGUUUGUUGGCUUUUUAGGAACGGGGGAGAUCUAUUCUUGCGAUCAUCCGCAGGCCCUUUCAACAAGACCGCCAAUGAUGGAGUGUUCGCCGCGCACUACGUCUUUUACCUGUUAGGCAGAAACUACCGGGAUUGGUUAAAAAGCUAUCGAGUGACAGUUCAAGUUUCAGCUGCCUUUGAAACGUUGAGAACCACCGUUGCUUACCGCAAUCUCACGGACGGCUGUCGCUGUCUUUGCUCAACGGGAGGAUGCAGUCCUUUUACGUGGAUGAUGAAAGGUUUUGUUAAGUCUGAAGCCAAAACGGCAAUACCAGAGCAGGCACUUGUUUAUCGCGCGGAAACAGUAGCAGAUUACUACAGCUCAUGCGGCCCGGAGUUAACACUUUUAACUUAUGCAGAGACGAUUAGGUUCAUGACAUUUGAGACGAUAGGUCUCGCCCACAGAUGUUGCAACGCUUAUUCUCUGGUCCCGGAGGGGGCAGCUUGGGUUGAAAUAGAUGAUACAGAGAUCACCGAAGACCAGGAUUUCCUGAUUGAUUUGUACGAAGAAUUGGUUGUGGAAUUUACGCAGAAAGCCAGCGGAUAUUUAGGGGAUGGGAUGGAUAAUCUUCCGUUGUUCCCUCAGUUUUGGAAAUCUUACUGGGUUAAUCGAAUGACACAGGAGUUGGAAGCGCUUGAUGGCGGGGAGUUGUCAGAAUCAGAAAGACGAGAUGCUGAAGAAAUUGGCGUUGUAUGGGAUGAACCAACCGAGAGCGACAAGUGCCAGUCUGGGAACCCAUAUGGAUUACAUGAGAUGGAGCACUACUGGUUUGAGCUGGACCUCAUCUGCCCCGAAUAUAAUGAGCCUUGGUCAAAGGGAAUGCAUCGUAUACAUUGAUAAUCCUAAUCUUCGGUCGCGGAAGUCGCGGACAUGACACACAACUCUCCUUUAGAUACAUAAGUAGGGAUAUGCAACGCUUCAGGAAGUUGAGAUAUUAGAAGCAUGCAAUGCUUGAAUACUAUGC